GGUGACCUUCCCGGAGAUUCUGGACCUCAACCAGUUUGUGCGUUCCGAGAGCGAGACCGACAGUCCCAGUGACGAUGCCGACACGACGGACAGUGGGUCGGCGCUCGACGAUGAGGCUUGCAGCGACCUCAACGUCAUCUGGUCCCAGCAGCAGCCGGCAGGCUAACGGGCCGUGCGAGGACAUGGGUAGCGACGACGAAGGCAUUGACGUGGGCAGCGGUAGCGGCAGCAACACGGAUGCCGCGGCCAACGCUCGCAACCUGAAGCGGAAUGUCGACACGGGUCCGUACAUGUAUGAGCUUUUCUCCAUCAUGGUGCACUCUGGGAGUGCCAGUGGCGGCCACUAUUAUGCCUACAUCAAGUCUUUUACAGAAAACCAGUGGUACUGCUUCAACGACGCCCAAGUGUCGCGAGUGACGUACGACGAGAUCCGCAAGACGUACGGCGGGGGGCCCAGUCGAGGCGGCUAUUACAUCAGCUCCUAUGCGAGCUCGACGAACGCCUACAUGCUCAUGUACCGUCGGGUGGACAAGGAACAGAACGCGGUGCCCAUGACACCCGACCAGUUCCCCGAGCACCUGAAGGUGCUGCUCGAGAACAUGCAGGAAGCCGAGGAGAGGGAGCGGCAGCAGAAGGAACUUGAUCGCUCCAUGUGCAAGAUCAAACUGUUCUGCCUUCACCCGCGCAAGCACACGAUGCAAGAGAUGCGGCUCAAGGUCCACAAGGACGCAUCACUUGCCGAGGCAACGCAGACGGCCCAUCAGAUCAUGAACCUGGGUGACGUGGUUCCGCUGGACUGCUGCCGCCUUGUGAUGUACGACGACUGCGCCGAAUCCCUGGAGUGCUCGCUGGAAGAGGUGGCCCACCAGACCAUGGGCCAGAUCCUGGGCGGCGUCAAGUCCACCUACCCUUUCGACCUCCUGCUGGAGACGCGAAAGCCCCACGAGACCUUCCAGCCCUACAAGAUAGGAGGAACAACGGUCAAGGUGCACAUUGUGAAUUUGGAGGCAAACGAGAUUGGGCGAGCGAUCGUAGUCCGCGGCCUCAAGACUCAGACGGUCGAGGAGUUCAAGGCUCAGGUGGCUCAGCAACUGGGUCUGCCUUCAAGCAACAUGCGCAUGGUGCUCGAGAACUACCACAACGGCCUUGAACUCCUCUGCGCACCUGGGCGCAUGCUCAGGUCUGAAGGCUUUGGCAAGAGCAAUACAAAGCUGCCCUUCAAGACAAAGUGUUUGCUGAAAAGGUUGAGCCGGGAGGCGGUGUACGAAUGCGUCAACGCAGUGCUGCACGCGGCUGCCGCGAAGCACCGCAGAUUCGUGGAGACGGUCGACCUGUUGGUCUGCCUCAAGGACUACAACUUCCAGAAAUACAAGCGCCUCAGCGGGGUCAUUAAGCUACCGCACUACCUGAAGCCGGACUUCCGCGGCUGCCUGAUCGGCGUGAAGGCAGAGCGCAAGGAAGCCCGGGCUGCCAACCUCGACUUCAUCGGUGUUCACGAGGUCAAGCUACUGCAUGCGCGACCCAUGCGGAUUAAAAGGCUCGCGGCGAGGUACGAUGGCUUCCUGGCUCGCGAGGCACACAUGAAGGUUCUCAACAAGAUCUUGCGGCCAAAUUUCGCCAAGAAAAGGAAGUGCAUCACGCCGGUUCUGCCGGGACAACCGCUGCGUGACGUAGUCAACGAGAUAAGGAGCAGCACCAUGCUGUGGAUGAAAACGGAUCCGGCAUUCGGCAUCUCCGUGGGUCACGUGAAGAUGGACGCCUACGAGCUGGCCGACAACGUCAUGGCUGUCGUGACGCAGAUCUUGAAGAAGCUUAGGCACGGAUGGGAGAACGUGCGCUCGCUGUGCAUCAAGUCCUCCAUGGGACCCACUUGCCAGCUGUACUGAUACCACUCGUGGGUGUGCCACAGAGCCGCCGAAACACGAAGUGCAAACUGGCAGCCAUGCAUAAAGAGCACGAGA